AACAGGGGGGUAGCAUGGGCUUGAGUUACAGGGGCAGUAACUAGUCUAGACAGGUUGCGUCAUAGUUUGUGGGCGACCGUUCGAAUGUGGUUAAAGUGGUGAUGUGAAAUCGCAGAAGUGCACGACCACGCAAAUCAGGAGCAUCGCUGGCAAGGGUCAGGGGGUGAGAUUUUGUCUAGACUGGUCAUUGGCUUGCGGAGACUGAGGGCACAUCUCGAACCCGAGCUCGCCUCGAGAGGCGUGUGAGAUGACACACCCGUACCGGAUUGCCUCGUUCAGCCUCACACUCUGGUGGCUAUUACUGACACACGUGUACAGAUCAGAAGUUCAUGCGGUGGAGAACCCUGAGGACUGUGUCCAGCGCAACAGGAGCCUGUGCCCGUGUAUUCCACUGAAAGGAUCCAGGGGUCCUCCUGGAUCUCCAGGGGAAGAUGGAAGACAGGGUGCUCGAGGUCCCCCGGGACCACAAGGACAACGUGGACAGAAAGGACGUCGAGGACCUGAAGGAACUCAGGGGCUUACUGGACCAAAGGGAGAUGUAGGGAGUUCGGGAAUACCGGGAAAUGCUGGAGAAGAUGGAGUUCCUGGUCUUCGAGGACCUGUCGGACCUCCCGGUCUUCCAGGAAUAGACGGAUGUAAAGGAUCCAGAGGAGAUCCAGGACCCGAUGGCUGCCCAGGGCCCAGUGGUUCAACUGGAUUACGAGGUUGUCCAGGACCACAAGGACCCAAAGGAGAUCCUGCAUGCAACUAUGUUAUGAUUCCUGGUCGAACCGGCUGUGAUGGACCUCCUGGUUGUCCUGGACCUCCAGGACUUCCUGGACCUUGUGGCCAAACAGGUGCAGAGGGGAAGUGUGGAGAUGCUGGAUUACCGGGUGGAAAUGGUGCUCCAGGCCCACGAGGUCCUCCAGGAGACACAGGAAAACCAAUUUUUGGUGAGAAAGGAGAUGAGGGAGAUCCAGGGCCCGAAGGUCCUGCAGGCCCCUUUGAAUUAAUUGAGCCGUCAGAAGAAUAUUUCCCUAAAGGAGACAAGGGGGAAAAGGGAUCUUGUGGAGUCUGUGGAUUGCCUGGAUGUAAUGGAACGAUUGGACCACCUGGGAAAACAGGAGACAAAGGCUCUUCAGGUUGUCAAGGCCCUACAGGAGAACAUGGCUAUCCUGGAUUUUGUGGCAAAGAAGGACCUCAGGGUGAACAAGGACACCCUGGAAUCCCUGGACAAUGUGGCCCCCAAGGAAUAAAGGGAAUCUCCGGGGAUCCUGGUCCAAAAGGGGAAACAACAUAUUUCUCUUAUGAAGCAGGUAGUCUCGGUGAACAAGGCGCUACUGGAGCCCCCGGUAUCAAAGGAGACAUGGGAUGGAUGGGUGUGCCAGGCCAUCGUGGUCCACCAGGCAGAUGUUUAGCAGGCCUGACGGGUCAGCUAGGGUUGCUGGGUGCUCAAGGCCCUCAAGGUGAUAAAGGAGAACCAGGGAGGAAAAGCACCCAGAAAAUCCCAGGGGAGCCAGGAAAACCAGGGCACCGAGGGCUAAAAGGGGUCCAAGGAACUCCAGGACCAGAUGGAUUCUACUGUGUCCCUGGCCACAGAGGAGACCCUGGAUUUGAAGGAGAUCAAGGCCUACCUGGUCCAAGAGGCUUUAUUGGGGGAAAGGGUGACAAUGGUGACUGCAACUGUGAUGCCAGUCCUAAUAUUUAUGGUCCUGAAGGUUUGCCGGGUGAACCCGGGGAACCCGGUUAUGCAGGACUGCAGGGGCUUCCUGGUGCACCAGGUGAAACUGGCCCUGAUGGAGAUCCUGGGCCAGAGGGUAGUUUUGGUUUUCCAGGAUUUCCGGGUACCAGGGGGAUGAAAGGAGAGAAAGGAAACCUGUUUGUGCAGAACAUCAAGGGUCAAAAGGGACAGCCCGGCAAAACAGGGACAUGUGGUUUGCAAGGAGUCAAUGGCAGGAGAGGGGAAUGUGGAAAUCCUGGGCCUGCAGGUGAUUGUGGUGCAGAGGGAGACAGUUUUUCAGGUUUACCUGGUGACAGGGGUUGUCCGGGAAACAUGGGCUUAAAAGGGAUAAGGGGUCCAUGUGGACCACAAGGUCCAGGCAUUCCUGGACCAGUAGGUCUUCGAGGAAAAGAAGGUGACCAGGGACUUCCAGGACAAAGAGGAAUUGCUGGGCGUAAAGGAAACAAAGGUGAUAUGCAGCCCUGUACACCUGGCCCUCCUGGAGACUGUGGACCAAAGGGAGAGCUUGGUGACCAAGGUUGCACAGGACCGCAGGGCAAUCCAGGGCUUCGUGGGUGUGACGGAAUUAAUGGACUAAAGGGAGACAAAGGAGAUCUUGGUAAUCCUGGACUUGAUGGUCCUACAGGGUUAUGUGGACCUCCGGGGGAUCCAGGAGACAUUGGACCUGACGGCAAAAGUUUGAGUGGAGAACCAGGGAUACCUGGCACUCCCGGGCCCACUGGGUUUAAAGGAUGCAUUGGAGACUCAUUGGUAGGAGAUCAAGGGCCAGUGGGCCCUUGCGGGUUAAGUGGCUCUUCAGGAGCUAAAGGAGUCCCUGGACCCCCAGGGCCAUUUGGUACCGAAGGCUCUCCUGGAGUUUCUGGAGUUCGAGGUAGAAAAGGAGAACCAGGAGCAAUUGGUCAAACCGGAAAAGAGGGAUCGGUUGGUCUUUGUGCAUCAGAGUGUGAGAUUGGAGCAUUGGGUGACCCAGGACUGCCAGGAGACCCAGGCUGCAGUGGAAAACCAGGUGAUAAUGGUGAGAAGGGAUGUGCUGGACCACCUGGUUCUCCUGGCAUUGGUUUGAAAGGUGAUACUGGGAAACCAGGCCCACCAGGUGCUCGUGGAUACUGUGGUCCACAGGGAAACCAAGGAACAGACGGGCACUGUGGCGAUAACGGUUCAGAUGGGCUGAAUGGUUGUCCAGGGCAACCUGGAAGGGAUGGCCUACCUGGUGACCAAGGGGAGUGUGGACUUCAAGGACCACCUGGCUUAAAAGGCGGGAAUGGCAGUGAUGGGAGGCAAGGUUGUCCAGGGGAGGAUGGAGAAAAAGGAGAGAAAGGUUGUCCUGGACUACCUGGGAUGGAGGGAGAGAUUAAUGUGAUUACUGAAAAGGGGAAGUGUGGGGUACCAGGACUGCCUGGGCCAUGUGGGGUCCCUGGUGUUCGAGGUGAUAAAGGUAAUAAGGGGGAAUGUGGCCCAGAUGGCUUUUCAGGGUAUCCUGGACCUCCAGGUUGUGAGAACGGCCCAAGGGGUCCCCAAGGUCCAUGUGGAAUGCCAGGUGAACCUGGACCCAAAGGCCUGAAAGGGACAAAAGGCUAUAGUGGAUUUCCUGGAGGAUCUGGAGAUCCGGGUGACCCAGGGUUAAGUGGAUCUCCAGGAAAACCAGGUCUUUGUGGAUUGGAUGGGCCGAAAGGUGAGCGAGGAGAUUCUAUAGGUGCACCGGGACCUCCAGGUCUGAGAGGCCUGAAUGGAGAAGAUGGCUGCCCAGGUACUCCAGGCGAGGAAGGAGAUUCAGGAGAAGCGGGUUCACCUGGGCAGUGUGGACGGCCUGGUGAACCUGGUCCUGUUGGAAAACGGGGACCAUGUGGACCAUCGGGUGUUACUGGUCCUUUGGGUCCCAGAGGAAAAUGCGGCGCAGAAGGCCCUCAAGGGCCUUGUGGACCUUUAGGACCUACUGGAGCAUCAGGCCAACCAGGAUCACCAGGUUCUCCAGGGCCCCAAGGACUGCAUGGACUGGAUGGAUUAGAGGGUGUUAAGGGCGAACCAGGGACACACGGACUUGGCGUACCUGGGGAAAUCGGACCUAUGGGUCUGACUGGUGAAAAGGGUCUUAAAGGAGACCCUGGGCCACAGGGUCCUAUCCAGCAAGGAGUCAAAGGCCAUCCAGGCCCACCUGGAUUUUCAGGUAAUUGUGGUUCCCCUGGUCCUCCUGGGCCUCGUGGAAUUGCCUGUAAAGAGCCUAAACAUGGACUGUGUGGUGAAACAGGCUUUAUAGGUCCAGACGGCCCACCAGGACUAAUGGGAUGUAUAGGACCACCAGGAACGGCAAUACCUGUGCGGGGGGAUGAAGGGGAACCAGGUCCAAUGGGUCGUAACGGAACGAAAGGAAGAAAGGGUGCUCAUGGUCCCACUGGCCAGAUUGGUGUUUCAGGCCAACUUGGACAAAAAGGUGAAAAAGGAGACCCAGGGCUUAAUGGAGAUCCUGGACCUCCUGGCUUACCAGGAGCAAAUGGCAACCCUGGGCCCAAGGGUCCUAAAGGACAACGAGGAGAUACAGGUUCUGCUGGAGAGGCAGGGGAGAUUAUUAGUAUGGGACUCAUCAACACGAUUUCAGGUCCAAGUGGACCUCAAGGACCUCCUGGUGAAUCUGGCUUUCCAGGAUUUAUAGGAAUUCCGGGCAUUGAGGGGCCAAAAGGGACAAAAGGCCCAGAGGGAGAUCCAGGAGUUGAAGGUCAACCCGGAUCAUCUGGCCUCACUGGGCUUCCUGGAGACCCAGGAGAGCCGGGUACCAGAGGUUCACAAGGCAGACGAGGCCAACAAGGAGCUCCGGGAGAUAUAGGCCUUCCUGGUCCCUCUGAAAGGUUCAACUCUGGCUUCCUAUUGGUCAUCCACAGCCAAUCAAAAGUAGUACCUGUGUGUCCUCAAAAUAUGUCCAUGCUGUGGGAGGGAUACAGUCUACUGUACCUGGAGGGGCAAGAAAAAGCACACACACAAGACCUAGGUCAAGGAGGUUCGUGCAUGCGUGUCUUCAGCACUAUGCCUUUUGCACGCUGCAACCAGCAAGCUUGUCACUAUGCGGACCGCAAUGACAAGUCCUAUUGGCUUACCACCACUUCUGCUUUACCCACCACGCCUGUCUCAGGGCUUGAUAUCCAGCCACACAUAAGCAGGUGUGUGGUGUGUGAGGCCCCGUCACCAGCUUUUGCUAUUCACAGCCAGGGUAUGUCAAUACCCAGUUGCCCACCACAUUGGAUGAGCCUAUGGAUUGGAUACUCAUUUCUUAUGCACACUGGUUCAGGAGAUGAAGGAGGUGGCCAGUCUCUGACAUCGUCAGGAAGCUGCCUACAGGAUUUCCUGACGCAUCCAUUUGUGGAGUGCCAGGGCCCACGUGGCACAUGCCACUAUUUCACGAACCUCCACAACUUUUGGCUAACACGUGUGGAUGAGCAGGACUUCAGCCUCAUCCCGGAGAUGAUGACCCUGAAAGGAGCAGCCGAGCAGCGCAAUCAUGUCAGCCGAUGCAAUGUCUGCUUGAGGGCGUGAGACCUUUCCAGGUCUGAAGGCAAUAGCCUGGAAUGGUCUUGCACCCGAUGCUACACAUGAUGGGAGUUGGGGAGUCAUCACAAAAAUUAACUUUGAGACUUAUGUGAUUAUUCACAUUGAAGAACUACUGUGAACAAGUUUGUACAUGUUUCCUCUCUACACUUGAUACUUGAGGGUUCAGGCAAGGUUUUAUAUAUAAUGAUUUUGAUUGCCUUGUUUGAAAACCUGAGCCAAUAAUUUGAAGUCAAUUGCUCAAUUGUUGUCAGCCCUGUCGGCAAUUCAACUUCGAAACACAAUUUAGACAUGCCCUUUACAGUGCAGCCAAAAUAAGAUAUAGAAUGCCUAGCAUAAGUAUUCAACCCCCUGUUCCGAGACAAUAUUUAGUCAAAUCGCUUUAAUAGCUACAAGGACUGUAUCACAAUCAAUUUCAUACAUCUGGUUCUUGACCAUUUUCAGCAUUUGUUUUGGCAAAAUUGUUGAUUUAUAUGGCUUAUAUGUCGACUGGCACGUUUGGCCACAAACUGGUAACAGGAUUGAGGUCUGGUGGCAGGAUUGCCUUGUAUUUGCCUUAAACCAUCUUUCCCUUAACUCUUUCCCAAUCCCUGUAGUUGAAAAGCAACUCUACCACAUUGUGCUAUCACCACCAUGCUUCUCUUUAAGGGACCAUGUUCUCAGGGGAAAGAGCAGUAUAGGGUGGCUUUUGUACCAAAGCUGAAUAUAUUCCAAGGGGGUAUAAAUACUUUUAAGGCACCAUUACAUUUUGUCAGCUAGAACAAGAACUGAAAAACUAAUCACAUUCAUUAAAGAUAAAAAAAAAUAAAAAUAAAAAAA